AUGACCCAUCCAGAUUUUCCCACAAGAUUAGUUGACCUGACAUUAAACGACUCAACCCAUCACCUUUCUCUGUAUGCCACGCUAAAGUCGAUUCGCAAGUCUACUCUCUCAAUUCCAAAUCGCCUUACGUCCAUCCUUGAUGACGCCAAAUUUGUCAAAGCAGCAUCCCAGCGGUACAACUUGCCUCUGGUUGCAAACGAGCGUUGUGGUAGCUGGUACAUCGAUCCAGCAGAUAAAACGGGUAGUACGUAUUUCAAAAGCACAGAUGGUCACCACGGACAAUGGGACUUCUCCCUGCGCAGACUCAAUCUACAGCUUCUCCCAAUCUUAGCCGCUCAUGGCGGUGCAAUCGUGGUCGACUCAACGCGUCGUGGGAAGAAUCUUCCGGAUGCAUUUAGCAAGACUGUACCGAUAUGGACAGCAAUUAUCAAUAAAGCAUUGUUUCCAGAAAUCCCUUCAGCGCACAGGCUUCAGACUCCGCCUCCACCGGAUGACUUAGGACAGUCUGAGAUAUCGCAAAUCGAAGCCCGGCUCGAGGGUUUUACGAGAGCCUUCACCGGACUAGGACUAGACUUGCAAAGCCUGCGGGAAGAGCUGGGGUGUCCUAUACAGCUCACCUGGGCGAUCCAUGGCUAUUCCGAUUUUGAACCUGGCGACGACGCAAACCAGCCCCUAUCAGGCUCAUGUUCCCCACUUGAGCAUUCUGUUCGCAACGUGGUGCUCUGCUCCGCGUCUCGUCGCGUUCGUGGUGCUGAAAUCUCGGAAGGGGGUUAUAUCCAAGGUGCUGGUGACGACAGCGAAGGAUGGUCGCAUGGACUGACUGCUGAACUCUUCUGGAAGCAAAGAGAGCUGUUGAUGGAGACUCCCGAAGAUGACCUCCCAGCUCUGAUCGAGAGAUUACUUGAAAAGGAAAAGGAAAUGCAUGACACAGGGGUCUCCGUUACGAGGGUCACUCCAACCUCCAACCUUUAUAUCGCAGUCGGGCCUGUCAAGAGCUUAGAUGGAUUCGACCUGAUAAUCAAUUGUCAAGGCGACGGACAAACCUCAACAUCAAGAGUCGUUUGGUUGAACUGUCGCGGCCGCAAAACCGGGAGCAAAGAGCUUCGCGACAAGCUCCCUAGCGUUGUCGGCGUCAUCAGCAAUCAGCUCUACACGCGACCCCAAAGCAAGAUACUGAUCACUUGCACAACCGGCAAAGAUCUCAGCGUCGGCGUUGCAGUCGCGAUUUUGUGUUUAUGCUACGACGGUGAAGGCCAUUUGAGAGAGAUCGCUGACCAGUUAGUUGUCGAGAAACAACUUGUCAAGCAAAGGCUGGCCUGGAUCAUCUGCUCCAAACAAGACGCAAACCCUUCGAGGGCGACACUGCAAUCAGUGAAUUCGUUCUUGAUGCAACGUCCGGACUGA